AUGGGCCUUCUCCCCCGCGUCAAGGCCGUCUUCCGGCGUCCCGCAGCCGACGACAGCGAAUCGCCCGUCUCGCCCGUCAACAUCCCCGGCGAAAAGACGGAAAAGUACCCAGCCACCGACGAUGCCGCAGCCGUGACAGAUGGCGACUCGCCGGUCGAGCGACUCGAGCACCCCAACCAGGCCAUGCAGCGCGGUGUGCAAGAGGUUGAGGCUGUCACAUUGACCUGGACCAAGUGGACGCUGGCUGCGGUGUUUUUCAACAUCUGGAUGCUCUACCUAGUCAACGCCUUCCAGAACGCGAUCCUCUCCAGCCUGAUCCCGUUUGUGACCAGCGACUUCCAGUCGCACUCACUGCUCAACGUCAUCGACGUCGUCGCCAAUGCCAUGACGGCCGCCGUGUUCAUCCCGCUGUCCAAGAUUCUCGAUCUCUGGGGCAGAGCCGCGGGGUUCGCCAUCAUGGUCUGCUUUGCCACGCUUGGAUUGGUGCUCAUGGCUGCGUGCCAGGAUCUGCCUACGUUUUGUGCGGCUAAUGUCUUCUACAACGUCGGCUUUAUGGGCAUGACCUACUGCGUCGACGUCAUCACGGCCGACGUGUCCCAGCUGAAGAACCGGGGUCUCGCCUACGCUUUUACCUCUUCACCAUACAUCGUCACGGCCUUUGCCGGUCCCAAGGCGUCCGAGCGGUUUCUUGAGACCAUCGACUGGCGCUGGGGGUUUGGCAUCUUUUCCAUCAUCUUUCCGAUUGUGGCGGCACCGUUGUACUUUGUGCUCAAGUGGAAUCUGAAGAAGGCCCGGCAGCAGGGGGUCUUGGUCGAGGAGCACAGCGGCCGGACUUGGAUGCAGAGCACGUGGUACUACAUUGUCGAGUUUGACGCCCUCGGCGUCUUCCUCUUCUCCGCCGGUCUCACCGUCUUCCUCCUCCCCUUCACCCUCGCCGCCGAAGCCCCGCAAGAAUGGGCAACCGCCUACAUCAUCGCCAUGAUCGUAACGGGCUUCGUGCUCCUCUGCUUUUUCGUGCUCUACGAAUGGCGCUUAGCCCCCACCCCGAUGUUCAACUUCCACCUCCUCACCGACCGCACCGUCGUCGGCACCUGUCUCCUCGGCAUGACCUACCAGAUCUCCUACUACUGCUGGGCCAAUUAUUUUACUUCGUUCCUGCAGGUUGUUAAUGGGUUGGGCGUGGCUGAUUCGGGGUAUAUUAACAACACGUUUAGUAUUGUGUCGGGAGUGUUGUUGUUUAUCGUCGGGUAUGCUAUCCGCCGCACAGGGUAUUACAAGUGGCUGUUGUAUAUCGCUGUGCCGCUGUAUAUCCUCUCGCAGGGGCUAAUGAUCUACUUCCGGCGGCCGGACCAAGCCAUCGGGUAUCUCAUCAUGUGCGAGGUAUUCAUCUCCAUCGGCGGUAGCAUCUUCAUCAUCCUGCAGCAAGUCGCCAUGCUAGCAGCGGUGGACCACCAGCAUGUAGCCGUCGCGCUAUCACUGCUGUAUGUGGUGGGCACCACAGGCGGGGCGAUCGGGUCGACGGUGUCCGGGGCCGUGUGGACGAAUACGUUCCGGGUGGCGCUGACGUGGUGGUUGCCGGAGGGGGCGAAGGCGGAUGUGGAUACGAUUUAUAGUGACUUGGAGACCCAGCUAGGGUACGAAUGGGGGACGCCGGAGAGAGUGGCGAUUCAGGCUGCGUAUGGGUAUGCGCAGACGAGGAUGUUAGCGGCGGGGACGUCGUUUAUGGUGCUGGCCGGGGUGGCGGUGUUGUUGAUUCGGAAUAUUAAUGUUGCGAGGAUUACGCAGGUUAAGGGGAUGGUGUUUUAG